GAUGUGCACAACGCAAAUGUUAUAUUUGGCUUAUAGAUUCUGAGGGCACAAUCAGGCCGGCAAAACUAAGCGUGAGGGAUGCUAUGGCACGACCUAACGUUAGGAAGAUCGUGCUCAGAUUCAACAACGCAAAGCAAGCAAUUGGAGACGAAGCUGGACUGUUGAGUGGCGUGCUUGGUCUGCUGGGAUCUGAUUAUGGAAAAUUUCCCAUCUGUAGGAAAAGUUGGCAUCAGAUUACCACUAAAGACAAAGUUUAUAACGAAUGUGUCAAGCAAAUUUUCCACUUCGAUGAGGAUAGCGAAGGAAUUAUUAAGAAAAAUAUGUUGAAAAGUAUGGGGAAGGCUUGGAAGGAAACAAGGCUGAGGUUGUAUGAUCGUUUUUAUGAGCCAACAUUCACUACUGAUCAAAAUCUUGAGAAUCGACCACCGGGAAUUGAUCGAGAGCAUUGGAGAUGGUUCCUUGACUAUCGCGCCGAACCUGAGACGAAGGAGAAGUGCAGAAAAAACGCGGAGAAUCGAUCAAAACAAAAAUAUACCCACACUGGCGGCUCGAAAAGCUUCGCACGGCGGAUGGAAGAGGAGUCGGAAGAACAAGGAAGGAUAGUCGGUAGAGGAGAGUUAUGGAUUAAGGUGCACAAAAAGAAGGAUGGCUCAUAUAUGAAUGAUGAAGCAAGAGCAAUUGGUGAAAGAAUUGAGGAAAUUGAACAACAAGAUGAGUCUGCCAGAAUGUUGUCUCAAAAUGACUCCAUCGCUCAGGUUUUCGGAAAAGAAAAACCGAGUAGAGUACGUGGUAUGGGUUUUGGACCGACUCCUAGUCAACUAUUCGGUCCGAAUUCACAUGCGCCUAUCAACGGAGUCCAACUAGAAGAGACCCAGAGGAGGCUGUUUGAACUGCAGGCAGAGCUGGAAGGUGAGAAGUUGAAGAGGAAGGCGAUGGAGGACGAGGCAGCAGCAGAGAAGAAAAAGAUGAAAGUAAUGGAGGACGAGGCAGCAGCAGAGAAGAAAAAGAUGAAGGCAAUGGAAAGUGCUCUGGUUUAUCUGUUUCAAAGGCAGGGUGUGGAGCUACCACCAGACAUCGCUGCAGGGAUGAGUUUCAUGGAAUGAUAGAGUGAAAAUAGAAUAUUAGGAUUGGAGUUAUUUUACAUUGAAGUAAACAUUUUAUUGAAUUAGACUGAGCAACUCUACG